GCGUGUGUUCACUGUGUUGUGUUAGCUAAAGUUUUCUGAAGUUAUUUCUGUGCCGAAAUGGAAGACUCAGAAUUAGCGUUUGUUAACAUUAUUAAAGAUUACCCCGCAAUUAUCAGCAAAUCACAAACUCCGGCCGCAAGAAGAGAGAAAGCGGAUUGUCUUAAAGAAGUUCAACACCGUUAUAUGGUUAAUUUCGGGAAAGAAAUAACGGACGUGCAGAUAAUGAAGAAGCUGCACAAUAUGAAAUCCCAUAUCAAGGCGAAAACAGAUGUGAAUAAGACGGGAAACAUCAAGAUUUCACUGAAAAAUUGGGAGCAGAUAUUUUUAAAGUUUUUGGACGGAGAUGACUGCAACCCAACUAUCCACAGAGUUCCUGGAGCUUGUGCAGUAGGUGGUGGUUCCACCUCUAUCAUCCCAUCACCAAGCAAUUCGGAGGUAGCUGACACAGACUGCAUGUAUGAACAGGAGUCAAUUUUGCAGCUACCACUAAUUCUUCCAGCCGACCAUAUGGACCUCGUGGGCCCCGAAGUCGUCGUACCUUCACAAUCGCCUGCUUCGGGGCAUGAGAGUGUGCUUAAACGUCGGCGAUUAAGCAUGGAAACGGAUGAGACACGUAAUUUGUCUACUCCAGAGCUGCAAAGGCUGGUCCUAUUGUAUCAAUUGGACAUACUCAAACGCAAGCGGCAGAAAUUGAUGCGCGAAGAAGACAAACAAUGAAACAAAUUUUCUGUAGUGUCUUAUUUACAUAACGAAUUUUAUUAAUAAAAACAUCUUUUUAAAGUGAA